AAAAAUCUCCCCUGACGACGUUCCAAUGGGCAGCGCGCUCGGAAAAUGAUAUCCAGCGUUCCAAUGGGGAAGUGGACUGUCCCGAUUGAUCCCGGAUGCCGUCGGAGAUGGCCGUGCAGUACUGAACAGCCGCUGCUUCUUGCUCAGUGAGGCCGCCCGGGAGACCUUGCUGGCCGGCCGCCCGCCCGCCCUUAUAGGGGCUCUUCAGGCACCAGCAGCCGCUGCUGCAACACUACUACCAGGCGGAGAGGCAAGCGGUUCCGGCAACAACGGUAGCCGCGCCGCCACUCCUGAGUUUGCAGCGUGGUGGGCAGCUCUCGCCAUGAGCCAUCCGCAAGCAGUGGCGUUUGCUACUCCAGCAGCACCGCCCCCCUCCUCCAAGCGGCUCCUCCUGGUCUCUCCCCCUGGCAUCUGAGGCAGCUCUCAGUGCAAGUUCUGCGCCUCUGCUUCUUAAUUUUUUAAUUAAUUACUUCCUUUCCCUGCCUCCAGGGGCCCUGAGAAACUGGCACCCAGGGGAUCGAAAUAAAGACUGAUCACUCCGUGGGUGCAUAUUUUAAUGUUGAAUGAACUGCAUAUAUUUUCUAUCUUAAUAUGUGCAUACGUUGAUUUUUGUGUUUUAAACCAUUUGUGAAGGUCGUGGGCAUUUUUCCCCACAAGUGCCUUCUUCCCCCCACCUUUUUUUUUUAAAUUGGUGUGUGUGUGUGUGUGUGUGUGUGUGUGUGGUGGUGCAAAGAUCUCAUUUUGGAGGGGCUCUGGGAAAGCAUGGGGCUGCCUGCCUUGGAAUUUACUGACUGCUGUUUGGACAGCCCUCAGUUCCGAGAGCGGCUGAAGUCUCACGAAGCUGAGUUGGACAAGACCAACAAGUUCAUCAAAGAGCUCAUAAAAGAUGGAAAGUCGCUCAUCGCAGCCCUUAAGAAUCUGUCCUCAGCAAAGCGGAAGUUUGCAGAUUCCUUGAAUGAUUUCAAAUUUCGAUGUAUAGGUGAUGCAGAAACAGAUGAUGAAAUUUGUAUAGCAAAAUCCCUGCAAGAGUUUGCUGCUGUUCUUCGAAAUCUAGAAGAUGAGCGCAUGCGCAUGAUUGAGAAUGCUGGUGAAGUCCUGAUCACACCUCUGGAGAAAUUCCGCAAGGAGCAGAUUGGUGCUGCUAAGGAAGCCAAGAAGAAGUAUGACAAGGAGACGGAGAAAUAUUGUGGUGUGUUAGAAAAGCACUUAAAUCUGUCUUCUAAGAAGAAGGAAUCCCAGCUUCAAGAGGCAGACAGCCAGGUGGACUUGGUUCGACAGCAUUUCUAUGAAGUCUCCCUCGAGUAUGUCUUCAAGGUACAAGAAGUGCAGGAGAGGAAGAUGUUUGAGUUUGUGGAACCUCUGCUGGCGUUUCUGCAAGGGCUUUUCACGUUCUAUCACCAUGGCUAUGAACUUGCAAAAGAUUUCAGUGAUUUCAAGACGGAGCUGACAAUCAGCAUACAAAAUACAAGAAACCGUUUUGAAGGCACACGAUCAGAGGUUGAGUCCUUGAUGAGGAAGAUGAAGGAGAAUCCUCAUGAGCACAAAAACAUCAGUCCUUUCACAAUGGAGGGCUACCUCUAUGUCCAGGAAAAGCGUCACUUUGGGACAUCUUGGGUGAAGCAUUACUGCACAUAUCAGAGUGAUUCUAAGCGAAUAACUAUGGUGCCAUUUGACCAGAAGUCUGGAGGGAAGGGGGGUGAAGAUGAAGCAAUUAUCCUUAAAUCUUGCACACGACGGAAAACUGAUUCCAUAGAGAAGAGAUUUUGCUUUGAUGUAGAAGCGGUGGAUCGGCCUGGAGUGAUUACAAUGCAGGCACUUUCUGAAGAAGACCGAAGGCUGUGGAUGGAGGCAAUGGAUGGCCGGGAACCGGUCUAUAACUCGAAUAAAGACAACCAAAGUGAAGGCACUGCCCAGUUGGAUAAUAUGGGCUUCAGCAUUGUCAAGAAAUGCAUACAUGCUGUUGAAACAAGAGGGAUCAGUGAGCAAGGACUUUAUAGAAUAGUUGGUGUCAACUCCAGAGUUCAAAAGCUAUUGAGUAUUUUAAUGGAUCCCAAAACAGCUGAAACAGAAGAUGAAAUCUGUUCAGAGUGGGAGAUUAAAACUAUCACUAGUGCACUGAAAACAUACUUGAGGAACCCCGCCAUCUCCGGAGAUCAUCGGAACAGAAUGCUCCCUGGGCCACUUAUGAUGUAUCAGUUUCAAAGAAGCUUCAUCAAAGCAGCAAAAUUGGAGAACCAAGAAUCCCGAAUCUCAGAGAUCCAUGGUUUAGUACACAGACUCCCAGAGAAAAACAAACAGAUGCUCCAUUUGCUCAUGAAUCACUUGGCAAAUGUUGCUAAGAACCACAAACAGAACCUAAUGACUGUCGCAAAUCUGGGGGUUGUUUUUGGACCAACAUUAAUGCGACCGCAAGAAGAAACAGUUGCUGCGAUUAUGGACAUCAAGUUCCAGAAUAUUGUGGUUGAGAUCUUAAUAGAAAACCAUGAAAAGAUAUUUAACACCAUUCCAGAUACACCACAGUCAAAUUCGCAGCUACUUUUGUCUCGUAAGAGGAGUACUGAUUCAAAGCCGCCCUCAUGCAGUGAGAGGCCCUUAACGCUCUUCCAUACAGUACAGCCCAGUGAAAAGCAGGAGAACAGAAACAGUAUCAUCAACUCCAGCUUGGAAUCAGUCAUAUCAUCAAACAUCAACAGCUUCCUCCACUCCAACAGCACUCCUCAGUCUAACAUGAACUCAAGUGACCCUGACUUAGAAGUCAUUAAACCAAAGAGGCCAAACUCACUAGUCCCCCCUGCUUCAGCUGAGACCUCUGAAGAUGCACCUACUUCAAACCAAACAUCUGUGGAAGGUGGAAGCGUUGACGAGUGAUGUUGAUCUCAACUGCUUUUGAAGUGGACUUUGCUGGGAACUGUACCGUAUCCAUAAGAAUACUAUGCAUUAUGCCCAGAGAACCUGCAAAAAAACCCACACAAAACAACACACUCUUUCCUUUACGUUUGUUUGUAUCCUCAGCCCCUAACAGGAAUUUUUCUAUUCAGGACCACUGCCAGCCUGGAACAGACUUGUGGUGAUGUUUGGGGCUCACAGGGUGAGAGUGGGGAGUUUCAGAAAGAGAAAAUAGGAAAGGCACAUUUUUCUCUUCCAUGCUCUGGGAAACUUCCCAUGCUCUGCUGUAAAGGGAUCAGACUACUAGCCCCCAAAAUCAGAGUGCUUUAUUGCUAUAUAGUGGGGUGGAAGAGAGGCUUCUAGAGAGUGGAAACUUUUUUUUUUAUUUCCUCCAUCCUGAAUCCCACCUAUAUAGCACAGGGAACAGUGUUCCCUCUAACAGGGAUUCCCAGAUGUUGUAGUCUACAACUCCGAGAAUCCCCAGCUGUAAUGGCUUUUGCUUGGGGACUAUGGGAGUUGUAGUCAACAACAUCUGGGAAUCCAUGUUAGAGGGAACACUGACAGAGAGGGCAUUUUUUUAGCCUUAUAGCAUGCACACACACCCAUUCCUGAUCCCCUGUCAAGGUGAAGGAUACUGUAUUUACCUGAAUACAAGAUGACCCUGAAUUUUAGAUGACCCCUCCUCCAAUUUCUAACAGAAAUUUGAAGAAGAAAAAACACCCUAGACUUUGUCCCCCCUCAUUUUCCUUUUCCUUCAAUUGACAUCUUCACUAUUCCAUAGGUUUCAAAAGCCACUGAGAACAGGCCAUCCUUUGGGUUUCUUUUCUUUUUAAAAAAAUGAAAAAAAAAAUCAGUUUCCUUGAAUUGACAGAUAUUCAAAUAUUCGGAAACAAACAACUUAUUUUUGGAUGGUCUCAUUUUACUGCUAGGCUCCAGUCCAUCCAUGCUCAGUAGUAGCAGAAUAGGGAAUGACACAUUUAUGAAUAAAAUACAACCUUAGAACUUUAGAGGAUUAUGUGGUGUGUGAAGAACAGUAAGAUCUGAGUGGGAAGAGCCCAAAUGGAUGAUUCAGUCCAACUGCCUUCCCUAACCUUGAGGCCUAUUUGGACAAUACUUGUUUGACUGGCCUGCCCACAUGCAAUGAGCACAUGUAUAUGCUAUGAGUAUAUCCAUCCUCCUAGCCCCCUUCUGGUGCACUGGGAUGCUUUCAUCAAUCCUAGAAGGGGUAAGUUAUCCAAACUGCCCCUCCACACACAUUUCAAUAGUGCUUGUAGAAGAGUGGUUCAUAUGAACUCCCCCCACCCACGGCUGCACAAUACAGUUGGGGAAAGAUGCAUCAGAAGGGGGAAAGGACAUCCAUGCACACAGCCUUGUUGCAUGCGAUUGGAUCAGCAAAUGAAGUAUAAUCCAAACUGGCCCUUUGAGGAUCUGUGACAGUUGAUAAUCCAGUCUUCUUUUCUUUUAAAUAAUAUCCAAGGAAAGAGACUUCACAUCCUCUUUAUUCAUUGUUGCAGUGCUUUUCUUAUUAUACAGGAAGAACCAGCGUCCUGUAGUUAAAAGCCAUUUCUUGUUUAUCCUUACUUGGGCUAGUCAGAAAAGAGCAAGAGAUUGAGUGUGUGAGGGAGGAACUUGUGGAAUGAGAGGUGCUCUAGUCUUCAGCAAACACAGAAGGUAUCUCAGUAGUUGAAGAAUUAAUUUGCUGCUUCAUAAAACCCAGCGCAAAUCCUCAUUUUCAGAAUGUGUUUGUCCUUCCUUUUUGUUUUGUUGGCCUCACUGAGUAGAACAAGCAAUACUCUCCAGUAACUAAUCAACCUCAACACUUUGCAUUUUGCAAGCACAGAUGAAAGACAGAACAUUUGUUUUUCUGUUUGUAUGUUUCCUUUUCUGUGUUUGUUUCUGUCUUCCCCACCGUGUGUGUGUGUGUGUGUGUGUGUGUGUGUGUGAGAGAGAGAGAGAGAGAGAGAGAGAGAGAGAGAGAGAGAGAGAAUGAAUGAACACAAACCUUCAUCUCUUGGCACAAAACAGGCUUAAACAAUGAAGUCUUUGAAACCUCUUUUUCUCUCAAUAUGAUCUGUAAUUGCCCCCAUAUUCAUGCAGGAAACUCCCAAAAUAUGACAUUUGUAAAAGAAGGUAUCUCUAGCAACUCUGCUUAGUAAGCAGCAUCUUUGAUUUUGUAUUGUUUUAAAGCAAAUGUUUCCAGAAACAUUUGGGAUAGCAUUUUGUGCUUUUCAGCAAUUAUGUCCCUGGCAAGUUUCUAAUGUAGACUCUUCUGGCACAGUUUGAAUGCACACUUUUUACAGAAUACAUAGCCAGAUUUUUGUUGUUUUAUAGCCGUUGCUCUGGGAAAUGCACUUGCUGCUUUUAUUUCCUAGUCAGUGUCCCGAGUAUAGGGAGGGCACCUACCUUCAGCUCAUAAGAGGAGCCAAUUGGAUGAAGUUACUCAAGGAAAAGAUCACCCCUUUCUCCCUGUUUUAACUCCGAUAGGGAGCACCAGGCUUUCCAUAGCAAAAGUGAGAAAAGAAACAUGAAGAUCACCUGCAAGUUUCAAUUUGUUGGCCUGGCGCCAGUCCAGCAUCCCCAGACCAAAUUCUCCCAGCAGGCGCUCUGGAAACAGAAGCAAAUUUUAGGUUAUUCUGAACACUUUUUCAAACUCUGCUUGUAUAACUACCUGGAAAACUUUUAGUAGCUGUGUAGUAAAACUGGGACUUCUGAUACUAACCAUGGGCGGUGGGGCUGCUCAUGUGAAGCACCAGAAUCGAGGCCAGUCCUGGCGCUGCCCUGCUGGGUAGCCCAAGUUCUCACCUCAGAAUAUGACCUAGGUAGAAGGGCGCAAGUGUACCUUUCUACCCUCGUCCCCAGUCACGUGCUACUGCUCGCAGCAUAACUCAGCUCGUGUGCUGCGCAGGUUGCUGAGCCUUCAAACUAAUUUUGAUCCCAUGCAGGGAGGCAGGGAGGAGCCUGCCUCCCUGCCAGCCCUCUCCUCACCAGUGUUUUCAGUUGUUUGAAUGACCUUAAAGUGUGUUUCUCCCUCUACCACUUUCCAGUUUCCAAUAUGAUGUCCAAAUGGUGUCUUUGGAACCUAGUUCAGCUCUUUUGGACUAAUUACAAGACAUAUGGGAAUAGACUUUAUGCUAAAUGGUAACUAACUCAGUUCAUAGGAUGUUGCACAAGAAUGUGUACAUUUUUAUUAAGGAAAGAGAGUGGCCUUUUUCUAGACUUCACUUCAUACUGAAAAUAAAUUUUGUUUUCCAUUGAACCCAAGAGUUAGUGCUGCCUAAUUUCUGCCCUAGUCCCUGUCAUUUCUUUGGCAGGAAAUGGCACAGCUCUAAGAUAUAAAGUGUCUCCUUUACAUUUUCUUCUUUGGGUCAAAACAUAAUCAGAUCCAAUCUUCCUAAGCCUCUACUUGAGUCACAUAUAAAGCCUCCUUUAAGGGGAAAAACAUUCACAUUUUUUUCUUCUUAAAUUCGGCUUCCUUUCCAUCCUAGAACAGACUGCCAUUGGAUGUCUUUGAGAGCCCAAAUGCUUGUGUAUAUAAAGUCGUUUGGAUCAUGUGAUCCCAUAGUUUAAUCAGCUAUGAAUGAUUGAUUGAUUAAGUGCUGUCAAGUCGGUGUCGACUCUUAGCGACCACAUAGACAGAUUCUCUCCGGGAUGCUCCAUCUUCAACUUGGCCUUUAAGGUCUCUCAGUGGUGCAUUCAUUGCUUGUCAUAAUGGAGUCCAUCCACCUUGCAGCUGGUCAUCUCACCUUUCCUUUCCUUCAACUUUUCCCAGAAUUAUGGACUUCUCAAGGGAGCUGGAUCUUCACAUAAUGUGUCCGAAGUAUGAUAGUUUGAGCCUGGUCAUAUGUGCCUCUAGUGAAAAUUCUGGAUUGAUUUGUUCUAGUAUCCAUUUGUUUGUUUUCCUGGCUGUCCUUUUGGUAUCCUCAAAAGUCUUCUCCAGCACCAAAGUUCAAAAGCAUCAAUGCUUUUUCUCUCUUGCUUCUUCAAAGUCCAGCUUUCUCAUCCAUAGAGUGUCAAGGGGAAAACCAUGGUCCAAGCAAUUCUAAUCUUUGUAGGUGUAGACACAUCAUGGCAUCUAAAUAUCCUUUCCAAGGCCUUCAUUGCAACCCUUCCAAGUGCUAGUCUGCAGUGUAUUUCUUGACUGCUGGAUCCUUUACUGUUGACGGUCAAUCCUAAAAGGCAGAAGCUAUUCACCACUUCAGUGUCUUCAUUGUCAAUUCUGAGGCUGGUUGCUGUAUCCAUUGGCAUUAGUUUAGUCUUCUUUACAUUUAAUUGUAGUCCCAUUUUUUCACUGUGCUCCUUAACUUUCAUUAUUAGUGCUUGCAGAUCAUCCGCAUUCUCAGCUAUCAGAGUGGUAUCAUCAGCAUAGUGCAGGUUAUUGAUGUUUCUUCCUCCAACUUUGAAACCACGCUCAUCUUCUUCCAGUCCAACUUCUCUCAGUAUAUGUUCAGCAUAUAAAUUGAAUAAAGAAGGAGAAAGUAGACAGCCUUGUCUUACUCCUUUUCCAAUCUGGAACCAGUCUGUUUCACCAUGUUCUAUCUGGACUGUGGCUUCCUGUCCUGUGUAUAGGUUUCUCAUGAGAACAAUGAGAUGUUCUGGGAGGCCCAUUUUCUGAAGGAUAUUUCAUAACUUGACAUGGUCGACACAAUCGAAGGCUUUUCUAUAGUCAAUAAAGCACAUAUUAUCUACUUUCUGGUAUUAUUUGGCUUUCUCAGUUAUCCAACGUGCAUCAGCAAUAAUGUCUCUUGUUCCUCUGCCUUUUCUGAAACCAGCUUGAACAUAUGGCAUUUCUCUCUUUUCACGUAGGGCUCUAAUCUGCGCUGGAUGAUCCUGGGCAUUAUUUUGCUAGCAUGUGAAAUUAAGGAUAUUGUGCGAUGAUUUGCACAAUCUAUUAAGUUUCUUUUUUUUGGUAUGGGUAUGUAGACUGACCUCUUCCAAUCUGUUGGCCACUGCGUCUUUCUCCAAAUUUGCUGGCAUAGUUUGGUUAGAGCCUUGACUGAUUCUUCUUCUGUUGCCUGCCAUAUUUCUGAAGCUAUUCCAUCAAUUCCUGUAGCCUUCCGACUUGGUCAUGACCGGAGUGCUGAUCUAACUUCAUCUUCCCGUACUAGAGGUUCUUGCAAGUACAGAAUAUCUUCUAGAGUAUCUUGGAUGUUGACGUCCUUGCUGUACAGCUUAUCACUAUACUCUUUCCAUCUCUGUUUGAUCUUCUCUGAAUCAGUUACUAUCUGUCCUUUGGCAUACCUUAACAUAGCAAUUCAGGGUUGGAACCUCCCUCUGAAUUCAGAGAUCUUUUGGAAAACUUGUUUUUCCAUGUCUAUUUCCAUCCUCAAAGUCAUUGUAGUACAGAUGUCAUUGUAGUACUGCUCCUUGUCUCUUCUAACAGCUUUCUGAAAUUCCCUAUUAAGUUCCUUCCUAAGGUCUUUCAGCCACCUAAUGGCACAGCGGGGAAAUGCUUAACUAACUAGCAGAAGGUUGCCAGUUUGAUUCUUGGUCUUUGGCAGUCUCUUUUCACAUUCAUCCUUAAUCAGCUAUACAUAUUAAAUAAUGUUAAUCAUAGACCUCUAUCACAUAAAAUAUACUCAUUCUGAAGAGACAAGGUUGACAAUUUCUGUUGCCUCCUUCUUUAGCUGUGCAAAUGGCUCUUGUUGUCUGGUACAAAAUACAUUUUUCAACAUAGAUUUAAUGAGUGGAUGGAAGGAUGUGAAAAAGAGACAGGAAGAUGAAGAGGAUUUUUUAAAAAAAUAUCCCCAAUAGAAGUAUACCGUAUACUGUUGAACCAGUAUGGUAUAGCAGUUAAAGUGUUAUACUAGGGCUGUGGGGGCCCAGGUUCAAAUCCUCACUCAGCCACAAAGCUCACUUGGGUGACCCUGGGCCAGUCACUACCUCUUAGCCUAACCUACCUCAGAAAUAGGUGUUGUGAAGAUAAAAUGGAGAAGGUGAACCAUAUACCUUGAGCUCCUUGGAGUAAAGGUAAACUAAAAAUGUUGUUAAUAACAAUAAUGUAGCUAAAGGAUAAAGCUAUUUCUACUGAAUAACUGCUGUAUAAGGUGUUUACAUAGGAACAUAGGAAGCUGCCUUAGACCAUUGGUCUAUCUGGCUCAGGUUUGUCUACACAGGCCAGCAGCGGCAUCUCCAAGUUUGCAGUCUCUCUCAGCCCUAUCUUGGAGAUGCCAGGGAGGGAACAUUGAACCUUCUCUCCCCAGCGUGGCCAUAUCCCCUAAGAGGAAUACCUUACAGUGCUCACACAUGUAGUUGCCUAUUCAAAUGCAACCAGGGCAGACCCUGCUAGCAAAGGGGACAAUUAAUGCUUGCUACCACAAGACCAGCUCUUGUGGUAUCUGGUCUAUAUAAAAGUUGCCAGGUUCCAAUAUAAAAAUUGCCAAGUUGCAACUGUAUAAAAUUAGGAUCUUUUUAGUUAUACAAGCUUGCAAAUUAGAUAUCAAAUUUUGUGAUGUUGGAUUGGGAGAGGGACUGUACAGUGUCUGCAGGCACAAAGGUGCUAUUUAGGCUAAAAGAUCAAGAACACAUUUAUUUAAUUACACAGAAUUGAAUCUAAGUAGAAAUAAGGGCUUUUGAUCUCAGGUUUUCAACUGCUGCCUAAUUUUAUGCUCCUUUUUGUAUAUAUACUGUAGCUCUAAUUUUCUUGUAUAGAUUUGCCAUUGACUUCUGCAAGUGGAGGUUGCUUAUAUUAACAUUCCAUUUUUGUUUGAUCAGGCACCAUAGCCUGUAGUAUACAUUAGUCUGUUCUCGAACAGUGGGAUAUUUUGGGCUGCUGACUCAUAGAAUUCCCUCUUCCCAGCGCUUGGCAUUAGACAUUAAUAUCCUAACCAAACAAUUCUAAUUUUAGCUGGCUUUUUUGUUUCCCGCUUCUGGCAUUUUUUAGUCAAAAGUAAUUUUUUCUCUUUUAUUUCCCACUGUCCUUCACUCAGGAAGUGUCUGCUGCAAAAGCAGAGAUGAAAGGGAAAAUAGACUCCAGAUGCCAGUUACCUUUUAAAACUUUUUUUAUGCACAUGAAGUAAAAAUGUACAAUAUUGUCCAGGUAUUGUACACAAGUCUGUCAGCUUGCUGCUUCCAUGAUAAAAGAAUAUUUAAUACAAGUAAUUAUUUUUAUUUCCUUGUCUUGGAAUACAAAUAGAUCCUAAAUGGCAUUUAACUGGUGUAUUUUCUUCACAGUAGAGAAAAUUUGAAUAUUGUUAAUAUAGCAUUGCAGUUAUUAAGGAAAAUUCAUGUAUCAUACAAUCACAUUUAUCCAGCAAGCACUAUCAUACAAUUAAAAGUUUAGUUAAAUAAGAUGACAUUUGCCACUUUGUGCAUUUAGCCAUAUAGGAGACUGGUAAUGCCCUGCUAAAUGGUAAGAAUAAUUUUAUUAGACAGGCAUCCUGAUUUUUUUAAACAUGAAGAAAGUAGGGGACUAGUGCAAUCAUCCUCAUGAUAAACAACCAGCUUGUCAAGUCCUUAUAUACCCGUUCUGCUAAAUCACUACUGUCAAUUGCUACCUGUAUUCUCCUGUUCUUGUAAAGCUAUACAGAAUUCUUGUAGUUAUUUCAGUGUUAUGCAGCUAUACAGUAUACAAUCAAGCAAUUCAAGGAUCUCAUCAGCUUUACGAGUAUGAAUUCUAGCCUUUCUUAGAAAUUGUGAAAUACAGAAAAACAUUAGUUGUUUUAUUUCAUAUGUAUCUGCCAGGUAAUACCACAUAUAGACAAUACACUGUAAUAUAGCUGUAAUACUGCAUGCAUUAACAUUAAAAUAAAUGCAGUGCUUCUACUGAUUAUCAAAACAUUCCAUUGACUACUUUAACUGAAAGCUACUGUAGUAUGAAGCUUAAAACCACAUGAGUAUUCCAGUGCACACGUGAGGUUCCUGGAAACCUCAUGCACUUUUGCCUUUACUGUGGUGUUAGAAGCAGCACUAUAAAAAGCUAUCCCUACUUUGCAGUGAAUUGAAGGAAUCAUACUGAUCUGGACUACUAUAAGGAUUAUUGUGAAAAUGUGCAUGAAGCACUUGGGUAAGAUGCUAUAGUAUGUACAUAUUAUCCCAUUUCUGAGCUAAAGCACCUCGGAGAGAACAGCACUGUGCCUUCGGUGUGCUUAAAGUCUACCUGAGUCUACCUGUCAUGGGUUCAGGUUUUUCUACAGAAUUUUGUGAGUCAAGGGUUGUAAAGAAAAACUAUUCAGAAGUAUCUACCUCAGUCCCCCUCAUCCUUAGCAUGGUUGGGUCAUAGACACUGAGCCUGGGAGUUGCUUGCCAUCCUGAUCCUUCCUCUUAUAGAUUAGCUAUCUAAACUGGGCUAGUAGGCUCCAGAAGGUUAUGGAGCCAGCAAACCCGUCACUUCAACUUGUGCUGCAGCUGCCAAGGGGCUACAGCCUCUUGGCAAAGUUUCCUCUCCAAGUUGUGUACCUGCUUCUGCCCUUGUAGUGCAGUUUCUUUUCUAGGGCAGGGGUGGGUGGAGGAAAGAAAGGCAGGCAGGCAUACCUGGGCAGAUAUAGUACCCUUUGAACCAAUGUACUGUUCAUCUGGAAGAACAGAUAAGAAAUCAGACUCAUUACUUCUCAUAUGGAUUUUUAAACCAGAGUACAUUUGGUGAAAAGGAGAGAAGGCAAUACCUUUAGCUUCCAAGUGAAUCCCAUUUGCUUAUAAGCCACAAACAGGAAGGCUGCAGUGUUCACAUUCAAUAAAAGGAACCUGCACUUGUGUAGAAAUGGCACGUUCUUUCCAUUAGAGGGCAGAAACAUGCCUAGAUAGACGUUGAAACGGGGGGGGGGUUUGCGCACGCGUGUGCACAUGUGCACUUUAUGUUCUCUCUACCUUAGUAUCUUGUGGAGAUGGUGUGGCUCAUGGCCCAUAGGACAUGCUGCGAUUUUUUAUUUUUAAAAUUCAGGUGUGUUCAGAGUAAGUUUGACUAAACCAAGGGGUUUUGUGCUGGUGCUUCUGUUUUUUGUUUUUUUAAAUCAUGGAAUAACUAGUACUAAUCAGCAUUUUUUAAAAAAAAUUACGAAACUUAAUCUUUAGCAAAAGCUAAGAGGAAAGGAUGGGUAGUGGAUACUCUGCUUUACUUGUAGAAACUUUUUAAAGGACAUUUCUUUGACUGCUAUAUAUGCCUGUAGCAAUUUUAAUGCAAUCAUGUACUUCUAUAUUUCUGUAUAGCAACUCUGAAUGUCAGCGGUUGGGGAAGCAAACAGUGGAGGAGAGCUGUUGCCUCCAUGCCUUGCUUGAGCUAUCUGAUUGGCCCCUGCUGGAAACAGGAUGCUGGAUUAGGCGGACUAGAUGUCUGGUCCAGCAGGGCUUUUUCUUAUGUUUUUAAAUCAAUCAAUAAAUUCUUCCUGGUUUCAACAAAAA